ACCAAAAGUAUCAAUUGAUUCCGUUCUCAUUUGCCAUCUGCAUUUGUGUUGUGCGCUGAAAUAUCAAAGAUCAAAUUGAAGAUGAAUCAAACUUACAAACUGCCACAGUUUAAGUAAGACACAAACGUUAAACACAGUUCCACCCAUUAUACUCAAAAAUCAAUGUCUGGGAUGAAGAAGAAAGUAGAGUUGAUCUUCUUUCCCUUACCCUCCAUUGGUCACUUAGGUUCAUUCCUCGAAUUAGCAAAAGUCCUAAUCAACCGUCAUACCCAUCUUUCCAUCACAAUCCUCUGCAUAAAACUCCCUUAUUCCUCUUCAUAUGCAUACAUCAGAUCACAUACAGCCUCACAACCUCAAAUCAAAGCCGUUGAUCUCCCUCACGUUGAGCCACCUCCACAGGAACUACUGAGAUCACCACCACACUACAUUUGGACCUUCAUGCAGAUCCUCAUCCCCCAUGUCAAAGUCACAAUGCAAAACAUUUUAACAUCAUCUCAUUCAAAUCACGUUAUUGGGUUGGUCCUAGAUGUCUUCUGUUUACCCUUGAUUGAUGUGGGAAAUGACUUGGGUAUCCCUUCUUAUUUGUUCAUGCCCUCAAAUGUUGGGUUUUUGAGUCUCAUGCUUUCCGUUCAGAAACGUCAAGUUGAUGAUGUGUUCAAUGAUUCUGAUCCCGAGUGGUUGAUUCCGGGUCUCCCUGAUCCAGUUCCUUCAAGUGUUUUGCCUGAUGCUGUUUUCAACAAAGAAGGUGGAUAUGCUGCUUAUUAUAAACUUGCUCAGAGGUUCAAAGACACCAAAGGAGUUAUUGUCAACACUUUUUCAGAAUUGGAGAAGUAUGCUAUCGAUGCAUUAUGUGAUGGUCAAAGUCAAACUCAAACACCUCCUAUCUAUGCUGUUGGUCCAUUGAUUGAUCUCAAAGGUUAUCCAAACCCCAAUUUGGAUGAAGCCCAACAUGACAGAAUAUUGAAAUGGCUAGAUGAACAGCCAGGUUCUUCUGUUGUUUUUUUAUGCUUUGGGAGUAGGGGAAGCUUUGAUCCAUCUCAAACAAGAGAAAUAGCGCUAGCACUUCAGCGUAGUGGAGUUAGGUUCUUGUGGGCUAUGCGUUCUACACCAACCACAGACAAUGAAGAGACAAAAUUCUUACCAGAAGGCAGGGGAAUGAUAUGUGAGUGGGCACCCCAAGUGGAGGUUUUGGCUCACAAAGCCAUUGUGGGGUUUGUGUCUCAUUGUGGGUGGAACUCUAUUUUGGAAAGCUUGUGGUUUGGGGUGCCAAUAUUGACAUGGCCUAUCUAUGCAGAACAACAGCUGAAUGCUUUUAGGAUGGUGAGAGAAUUUGGAUUAGCAGUGGAGCUGAGACUAGACUAUAGAAAGGGUAGUGAUCUUGUAAUAGCAGAGGACAUAGAGAAAGGACUGAAACAAUUGAUGGACAAGGAUAAUAUGGUGCACAAGAAGGUGAAAGAGGUGAAAGAGAAGGCUAGGAAAUCUGUCCUUACUGGUGGAUCUUCUUUCAUUUCUGUUGGAGAACUAAUUGAUAAUAUGACGGAUAGAAACUAAUUCCAUAGUUGUAUUUCAUAGAUGGGAUUGCCCAUUUUAUUUGAAUUAAUGAAUGAAUGAAGAAGUUUAAUUAUUUCGGUAA